CGAAAGCAGUCUUCGUCAGCUCAACUUGAGCUGCUCGGUACAUUACGUGUAAUAAUUUCCAAUGACUUUCAGUUAAGGUCUCGACACGGAAAAGGAAACGUUUUGGAUGUUCCACUUCCAGGCUGCUCACUUUACCUCGUUCCGUGUCGCUUGCUUUCAUACCUCUUGACCCUGGCUAAUGUCUGACAUGGAUGGGAGGAACCCAUACGCAUAUCAAGAUCUCGAUCUUGGCGAUUCUAUUCGCCUCAUCGAACUGCGGUCUUCUUCAUCAUUAAAGGACACCAUCCAAUGCAGACUGGUUCAAAAGUCAUUGAAGCGAGCCCGAGAUGAUAUAGUGACGCCGUAUACUGCAUUAUCUUACGUCUGGGGCGAUUCCGGGCAUACCUCAAUUAUCAUUGUUGACGAUACAAGUCUUCGCAUAACAACGAGCCUGGAGGCUGCUCUCCGACACAUCAGAGAUGAAACGAGACUGAUGUACAUUUGGGCGGAUGGCAUUUGUAUCAAUCAGUACGACAACGAUGAGAGAGCGCAUCAAGUCCUACUUAUGGGCGAGAUUUACGCAAGCGCACAUCAUACUGUCAUUUACCUCGGAUCGGGCGACCCCUCUGCUGGAGAUAUCCUGCGCAGAAUUGCAGAUAGCUGCGAUAAUGCGACCUACUCAGCUGCCCCAGGAGAUGCCAUUCUGAUACGCAGCCUCAGAGAAAUCCUAGGAGCUCCUUGGUUCUUCAGGAUCUGGAUACUACAAGAGUUGGUACUGUCUCGAGAACCAAUAAUUCAAUGGGGACGCUACCGUUGCAGUUGGAGAGCGCUAAGUAAUAUGGCUCAUUACCUAUCCUCGGCUGAGCUUACAGCGGAGAUAUUUGAAGCUACGAGAGAGUCUACUGGAAGUCUACCCAAAGGCAGUUUCUGGCUAGGAACUGAUGUCCUGCAAAAUAUGCAAGCCGUUCGAGAUGCACACCAACAUGCCAAGAUUGAAGAUGCUCAAAAUCUGGCAGUACAUCUUCGUGGUAAUCGAGAAUAUUUUCGGAGACUUCCCGAGCAGCGCAGAGCCCGGGAUCUCAUGAGACUUGUCGAAGUGAUGGCUUCACGGGCCGGAUUUGGAGCUUACGAUCCACGAGAUAUGGUCUACGCCCACCUUGGUCUUGCUAAAGAUGCAAAUCUCCAAGUCGACUACACCAAGACCAUCGCAGAAGUGUACAAUAAUCUAGCGCGAGAGACAGUUAGGAGAUUCGGAAGUCUCAGAAUUCUUGGCUACUUGACAGAUGCCGAUCUCGAUCAACGAGGGAUUAUGAAGUGCGGUACCGGGGAGUUUACAGAAGAUAAACUUGCUUCUUGGGCCCCAAAUUGGACCUCUCCACAGAAAAAUCUUCCGUAUAGCAUCAUGGAAUAUGUGGGACUAGAUUUUGAUGUCUCUGGACAACCUCGAGACGCACCAUGCUCAUUUUUGAACCACUGCGCAGCUUUACUAUUCGAGUUUGCUAGAAUUGCCGGCGUACUCAGCGACAUCGGUCCCGUCUUGGAGGACAUCGAAGUACUGCCUUCGAUCGACAUGCCGCAGGAUCAGUCCUGGAACGAUAAGCAGCAGAGUAGCUGGUUGACAGACAUACCAGGACUAACAAAUAGCGCUGCACAGAUGAUCUGGAACGAUCAUUUUGAUCUUCCCGGCGUCUAUGACUAUGUGCCAGGACAACCGCCUCGAUGUAUGAUGGAUCAUUUCAUGAAGAGGAGAUUCGAGACUUCAAUAAGGAGUAUCAUUGAUGCCGUAGGACUGCCGUCAUUGACGGCAAUGGUAUUUGCUUGGUCCCAAGAUGCUCCAGGAAUGGCGACAGUGUCUGCCUUAUUCCAGGCUGCCCGGUGUUAUUCGUGGUGAGGGAAGUCGAUGUGACGUUGGCUGAGAAUGAGGAAUUUCAAAUGUUAAGAGCGCAGUCGGAUCAUGAGCUCAAAUAUGUCAAAAUUGUUGGUGAGUGUUUUGUCGGAGAAGGAGAUGAUAUCUAUAGAUACGUUUAUACAAGGAAGCGUGUGCGAUUGAUCGUACUUUAAGACAGAGUUGUGAGACUUUGAGAGGGUUCAGGAUAUCAUUUCUGUUUUGCACCUCGACUUCUAGAGGUGUGCGUGACAAUGAUCUAGGCUUAGAUAGAGAUUGAAGGCGAGAC